CGCUGCUCUCUUCGCUUCUCGCUCUCUCGCCUGGCUCGAGUCAGUCAGUCACUCGCUGUUGCUCUCUUAGCUCGCUGUGAGUCCCCUUCUCUCCUUUACAUAUAUUAUAAAAUAAAUCAAGUUCUCGAAGGCGCGAGCAAUAUACAUAUCGUAUAUAAAAAACACAACGAGUCGAGAGGCAGCUAUGGCAGCCUAGAGCCGACGCGGUAGAGGUAACGAUGACAUGUCUUCGUCGCCCUGCAGCACCACGAGUCUCAUAGCCAAGUUCUGGGGUGUGAGUAAGCAGCGUCGAGAAGCAGCAGCAGCAGCAGCUACAACGACGACCGAUCAUUGUCGUCAGCUCAAGCAGCUGAUCGCGACUACGACCGCACAGCCCAGUAGCAGCAGCGCUGGUGGUAUUGGCAAAGACGCCUUGGUUCUUCAAGCCGAUCAUGGAGGUAGUAGCGAUAGGAGUAACGGCCCAUCGCAGCAACAGCAGCAGCAGCAGCAGACGGCAGCAGCACCGACGCAGCAGGAUCGAGUGCGCAUCCUGCUGUUUCGCGAAUGCGAGUGGCGCGGCCGCAAGCUCCUCUUCGACUCGGUGGCGCUCGAGAAGAGGCAGCAGCAGCGACGCUGUCCUUGCAACGGCGGCAGCAGCAGCAGCAGCAGUGAAACCGAGGCGAAUAACGGCAAGACCAGCAACCACAAAAGCUCCCCGGGACGUCAGCAGCAGCAUCGGAAAGCUUCGACGAACGAGGCCGACGCGUCGAUCGGCGGACGCGAGAAUGGAAAGCUGCUGAGCGAAGACAUCAGUCUUCUCGGAGAAAUGAUAUUCGGCUCGGUGGCCAUGACUUAUCGGGGAACUUCCUUCAAGAUUCACGAGAUGAAGUCGUCCGGCUGCAUACUCUGCACAAAGGUCUUUCCCUUCACGGAGCACACGAUUUGCAAGCAGAGCAGCAGCAACAAUCGCCAAUCGAACGAGACCCUGUCGACUGCGAUGACGAACAACGAGGCCAAUUCCAGCAACUCGAGCUUGCGAACGUCCUCGUCGGCGACGAUGUCCAGGCCCGACUCGCUCAACGUCUCCUGGAACAGUCUCAGUCCGCCGGCAACCCGCAACGACUCGUACUGCUCGAGCACCGGCAGCGGCUGGGACAUCGAGGUCCCGCCCUUCGGCGGCUCGUCUCACUCCCUCGACGGAAGCAACGGAAGCAGUGGAAGCAACAGCAGCAGCAGCGUCGGGGGCAGCCUCACGAGUCUGCGUCGCCGUUGGCAGCGAGUCCUCGGCGCGUCGCUCAGCCGAUCCGAGUCCGAGGACUUUUUCGGCGCCAGUCAGCAGUCGAGUUUCGACAAUAGUAACGGUGCUUGUGGUGGUGAACAGCAUCGAAGACACAAGACCAGGCUCGGUCUGGCCAUGCUCAUACAAUUGCCCGGAGGACACGAACGGGCGAUCAGCGACCGUCUCAUGGAGCACGCGGCUCUGCUCGAGGGCAGCCUCGACUGUCUGAGGCACGCCUGCGUCGAGGGCCACGGGCCCGGCCUCGUCGGUCGACUCUAUCGAAGCUCCCAUCAGAGCUGCUGUACCUUGAAGCUGCUGCGACGCCUCCUCGAUCCUCGGGACGGUGGCCAGCAGAGGAUCGCGACGUUGCCGCUGCUCUGGCACGAGCUGCUGCUGAACUCGUCGAUGCCGGCCGAUCUGCAGAGCAUCGCGCUGAGGCAGAGUCUGCAGAGAAUGUCGAGGCUGCUCGACGAGCUGGACACGAAAUCGACCAAUUUCUUUCUGAGCACGAUCGUCACGGCGGUACUCACGCAUCACCUGGGCUGGGUGCACACGGCGCCACCGCAGCACAAUCGCAAACUGUUGGAGAGCCUCAGCCAGCAGUACUCGUGCAAUCCGCUCUGGGCCCAGCUCAACGAUCUGUACGGCGCCAUCGGCACGCCGGCCCGCAUCUCGCACACGGUCAUAGCCAGCGGCCAGGCGGACAAGUGCGGCCUCGUCGACUCGAUCCUCAACUUUCUCUCGUACUUCUUGCGCAGCGGCUUGGUGGAGAAGCGCGAGGAGAGCCGCUGCAGCGCCCAGGAGGACGUGCAGGAGGCCUGCGCCAUUCUCGAGCGCAAUCUGCGCAACAAUCCGCUGCUACAGGAGCAGCAGCGACGAUCCGUUAGACAGCAGCAGCAGCAGAUGUCGUGCGCUGCUUCGACCAGUAGCGGUAGCAGUAGUUACAAAAGGGUGACGCCCCAGAUGAGGGCGAGAAAUCAGCACCUGGAAGAGGACGAGGACGAGGUGGAUUUCUCGAGCGUCGUCAAGGAUAACAAGCUCGAAAUCGUCAACAAACCCGAAGUCUCCGCCGUUAACAACAAUAACACCAACAACAACAACAACAACAACAAGAGGAUGAUGCUGAAACGCAGCGGGACGAUACAUGAAAGCAUCGAUACCUACGAAGGCAGUAGCAGCACUACCACCACCACUGCCACUACCAGAUUCGAGAAGAGCGACUACGAGGUCGGCGUGAGAGAACUGGAGGACGAGGACGAGGACAGUGAAAAGCCAUCGAGUCAGGUGAAGAUCAUCGUCAGCAACGAGGACGAGAGGGGGGGAGACGAGGUGAGAAAGGCCAGCCCAGUGCUGGCGGGUAGUCACAUGGCGCAACAGGAUGAUAAAUUGUCGGAAUUGGAGCCGAAAGCUACCAAGACUGCUACUACUACUACUACUGCUGCCGCUGUUACUGCUGGGCUUAGACGGCAGAAGCUGAUGUUCGAGAGUCUCGAGUCUCACUCAAAAGCUUUCGACGAGCAGUCGUCCCUCUUCUUCCCACCGAGCCUGGGCGACGACUUGGCCAGCAAGGCGCAAUCCCAACCCACCCAGGUCUACUUCACCCUCGGCGACGUCGACGAGAAACCCUCCUCCACCACGCCUCAGCAGAUGACGAUACGCGAGCGUCUCCAGUCGUCGCGCAAGUGUCGCUGCUCGUACACGUUCAGCCGGGUGCCGAGCACCUCGGCCGAGCUCCCGGAGGGCAUACUGCGCAAAAUCCUGCAGCGCAACUUUCCCGAGUCGUCGAAGAACAUGGAGCCGGCCGGGGCUCAGACCGGAGCGGCCCAGGGCAGCGAGUUCUGCCUCAAGUGCCAUCGGGGCUUCGAUCGGGAACAGCUGCGGGAGCAGAGCCAGGAGCAGGGCAGAUUCGAGAACGGCAAGCUGCUGCUCGAGACGCCGACCAAUGCCACGGAGCUGCUGCGAGGCUGCGGCAACUCGUCCAGGUCGAGGAUCACGCGCUCGAAUAGCCUCGAGGCGCUCAUAGAGGCCAGUUGCAUAAUCGAACUGCCGAUGCCGAGGUCCAAGAAAGUACCGGCUCAGGUUAAAAAAGGGCCCAGCGAGCGCACGGGCUUCACCACGAGUCUCAUGGGCAAUUGGGCUCCGUCGACCAAUACCACCGACGCGGCGACCAAUUCCGAUUACACCUGGGGCAUGGUAGCUCAGGGUUUUACCAAAAAACAGCAGCAGCAAUCGAAAACCGAUAACGAUAAAAAAGAGUCAUCCUCGCCCGAUUACAAGGAGAAGGAGUGGUGGUGGUCGAUCCGCGAGGGUCUCAGGGUCGAGGUCACCUGUCCCAUCGUCGAUCAGCCCGUGUCCGAGGCCCUCUGCAUCCUCGGCGAUCUGGACAACUGGCAGGUCGGCGUGCUCUCCAACAGCUCGAGCAGCGGCGGCCUGCCCAUACCCGUCGGCAUGUCCAAGCUGGUCUCGAACAUGCUCGAGGCCUUCGGCUACGUGUGGAAGGAGUCGCACUCGCCGGAGCAGUGCAUAAAGUUACUGGAGAGCCGUCUGCGCGAGAUGUGGUUGCGCAGCGAGACCCUGGCCGAGUUUCUGCUGGGCGCCGACGAGACAGACGCCAAGGUCGAGAACCUGACGAAUUUCCUCGACAUCGACGCUGCGGAUCUGCCGCUGCUGCUGGCCGUGGCGACGACUCACACGCCCCAGAUCGCCCAACGAUUCGGCCUCACGCUAUUUUGAGGCGAAACGAAAUUUCCACCGACGCGCGAGAGUUCAUAUAGUCAUUGUCGUUGUAGAUCAAUUAAUUUCUUUUCUGUUAUUUUGUUCUUUUUUACAGCGAAUCACAUUGUACAUAUUUAUAAGAAAAAAAAGUCUUUAUUUUCACUGCAUGUUUGUGUGUGUCUGAGUCCUGGUGACUGUAAAAAUACGUGUAAAUAAUAACAGAGCGUCGUUUAUAUAAAAAAAAAAGUUAUGUUUGUUUGUUGGUUUUUUUUUUUGGAGAGCCACGCUCUGCCACUGUACAGGAAACAGUAAAAAAUUUGUAUAACGCCAGACGUUGUUAAUUGUCGCGCUAAUUCUUGCGUCAGAUAUCGUCUCUGCGAAUGUUAAGAAAAAUAAUAUUUACUUUAAAUAAAAAUCAAAGUUUUUUGUCAAUCGAAA